UCUAGUCCUCUAAAUGAUGUUGUCUCCUUCUCAGUAUCCUCACCAACCUCAAGCUUAUUAUAAUUAUCAUUAUCUUGUUCUUUUUUUGGAGGUUAUUUUGUUCUGAGUUCUAUUUUAUCAAUGUCAAACUCUGAAGUCUUUCCAUCUUCACCUCCUAAUUUGCCUGAGCCAUCUCCUGUUAAGGUUCAAAUGGUUUCCAAAUCUGUAUCCGACCGACUUCUUGAGAAGUUUUUUGAUGUAUCUGAGUACAACUUUGAUUAUGAGAAGAGUGGACUUUGGUCUCCCCCAGUUCGAAGAAGUGCCUUUUUAAGCUCCACUGGUAGAAUAUUCACUGAACAAGAAAUGCAUGAAAGAUUCAAAAGUGUAAUGGACAGACGACGUAGUAGAAGACGUAAUAUUUGUUUCAACGUAUGGCUUUAUACUUGUCCAGUUGUUUGUAAUUGAAUUCAUUUCUGUGUCACUAAUAUUUCCUGUCAAGAAGCGGAAUUAAACUAAAUUCGGCUUCAAUUCUGGUCCUGUUGACGAUUGUUGAUGAAUCUUUUGAACUUUUUUUGCAGGCAUUUUGCUGCACUUGAAGAAAAUAUGGAACAAUGAAGAGUUGCUUACCUUAUUCCCAUAAAUGGGUACCGUCUCAGUGCAGUUCACCAAAAAAAAAAAAGCAGAAACAGAGAAAAGAAAGUAACAAGAGAAACCAAUAGUACUUUCCUCUCCCUCCUUUAUGUAAGUGUUAUAGUUUUCUUGGAGAAAUAUAUAGUGAACGGUAUACAAUUGCUUCAUAGUUCAUCUGCAAUUCUACCUUUCUUCCGGU